UGACGUCACCAGAUCGCUUGACCAACUUCCGGGGUGCGUUUGAUUCGUCGCCAAUGACAUCAGCUGUGCGGUGAGUGUGCAGAAAAAAAAAAAGAAAAAAAAGGCUGCGUCUUCUUCUCCUGUCUCGCUGCUCGCAGGAGAAGAAAGAAGCGAUCCGAGGCAGGAGACACUUCUGCAGAAGAAGAAGAGCCAGGAUGUCCGCCCUGGUGCAGUGUCCCCCACCGGCACCACCACCAUCUUCUUCUUCUUCUUCAUCCACGCCAGCCACCAUGGAGAGUGGCUUCAUCCCCGCCAGCCCCUCGCAGCACUUCGUCCACUCCAAGUUCUACCUGCUGGUGGUCCUGGGGGAGGUCGUCACGGAGGACCACCUCAAGUGUGCCAUCGCCGACAUAGAGAAAGGAAUACGCUCAUGGGACACCAAUUUAAUCGACUGCAACUUGGACCAGGAACUCAAACUCUUCGUCUCCAGGCACUCGGCUCGCUUCUCCGCAGACGUCAAAGGACAGAGAAUUCUUCACCACAAAAGCAACGUCCUGGAGACGGUCGUGCUUAUCAACCCUUCAGACGACGCCGUCAGUACCGAGGUUCGGUUGAUGAUCUCCGACUCUGCCAGACACAAGCUUCUGGUUCUGUCAGGUCAAUGCACUGAAAACACCGGAGAGCUAAUACUUCAGUCUGGAUCCUUCUCCUUCUCCAAGUUCAUCGACAUAUUUACUGACCAAGAGAUUGGUGAAUUGCUGAGCACCAUUCAUCCAGAAAACAAAGCCAACCUGACACUCUCCUGCCCCGAACAAGGUGACUGGAAAAACUCAAACUUGGACAAACACAACCUGCAAGACUUCAUCAACAUGACUCUAAACUCGGCGCUCAUCCUGCCUGAAAUGGAGGGCCUCUCCGAGUUCACAGAGUAUUUAUCCGAAUCCGUGGAGAUUCUGACUCCUUUUGACAUUUUGGAACCGCCGGCCUCAGGCGGAUUCCUCAAGCUCUCCAAACCUUGUUGCUACAUCUUCCCUGGCGGCCACGGGGACUCUGCUCUCUUUGCUGUCAAUGGCUUUAACAUGCUCAUAAACGGAGGUUCCGACAGGAAGUCCUGCUUCUGGAAAUUAGUGAGACACCUGGACCGCGUGGAUUCCGUCCUCCUAACCCACAUCGGUGACGACAACCUGCCAGGCAUCAAUAGCAUGCUGCAGAGAAAGAUUGCGGAGCUUGAAGAGGAGCAGUCGCAGGGUUCGACGGCAAACAGUGAUUGGGUGAAGAACAUGAUCUCGCCAGAUAUCGGUGUUGUGUUUGUGAAUCUCCCUGAAAAUCUGGAAAAUCUUGACCCCAACUACAGAGUGAGGCGGAACCUCGAAGAGGCAGCUGCCACUCAGCAGUUCCUUACCAAGCUAAAUUUGAGAAUAGAACCUUUGCAGCGAUCUGUCGGAAACACUAUUGAACCCAUGAUACUAUUUCAGAAAAUGGGCGUCGGGAAGCUUGAGAUGUACGUACUAAACCCGGCAAAGAACAGCAAGGAGAUGCAACACUUUAUGAAGCAGUGGACUGGUAGCCAAGAUGACACAACUUCCAUACUACUGCCAAACGGAAAAGAAUCUGAGUUUCCUGUAUCAUACUUGACUUCUAUCACCUCCCUCAUUGUGUGGCACCCUGCAAACCCCUCGGAAAAGGUAGUGCGAGUUCUCUUUCCAGGGAAUGCCACCCAGCAGCACAUCUUUGAAGGUUUGGAAAAGCUAAAACACCUGGACUUCUUAAAGCAGCCUAUUGUCACUCAAAAAGAAAUGUCUGCCAACGUGCCUCCAACACCGACACUAAAGCAAGCUAAAAUGAAGAACAGAACAGACAGCAAGGAGAGCUUAAAGUCGACUCCAAAGCCAUCACCAAUUAAAGGUGUCAGGAAGGAGCCCAAGGAAGAAGGAGCAGAAAAAGCAAAGGCAGCUGCUGACGAAUUAUUUCACGAGAAACAGCAGAAAGCAGAAAAAAAAGAAAAGGUGAUGGUGAAGAAAGAACGAGCGAAGGUUUCUGAGAAAGAAUUAAAAGCGAAACCGGAACAAGCAACCCCGAAUGAUACACCUGAAAAAAAGAAGACUCAAAUGAAAGCUAAACCCGAAAAAGAGAAGAUUGCUAAGAAAGACAUUAAAGUGUCUGCCGAAAAGAAAAAAGAGGUAAAAAAAGAUGCUGUCAAAAAAGAGGAUGCGUCUAAAAAAGAUAUUAAGAAAGAAGAAGCGAAGAAAAAAGACAUCAAAAAGGACACCAGGAGAGAUUCCCCGAUGAAGGAGAAAAAGGAUGAAAAGAGAGACCAAAAGAAAGAUGUUAAAAAGCCAUCAAAAGAAAUAAAGAAAGCAUCUGCUUCUGGAGAAGACAAAGGUAUUUCCCCUAAACCAAAGACCCUGAAGAAAGACACCUCCAAAAAAAUUGCAGGGUCGCCUUCAAAGCUGAAAGGCAAAACAGCUUCCAAAGUGCCAAAAGAGGCAAAAGUGGAUGCUGCCAAAAGUGCAGCUGUUGCAGCUAAUGUUACUGAGGACCCAGAGGCAGAGAGGUCUGUUAUGUCUUCCCCUGUGGACCUGACAAGGGACAUUGAAGAGCUCAGAGCAGAAGAGCAGGCAGAAGAUGAAGCAACUGUGCAACAAAAUGUGGAAGAAGAGGCUGUGAUGACACAAUAUCGAGGAGAGACAAUGCAGACCAAAGACUCCCCCGGUGCACUGGAGUCAUUAGAUGAGGGUAUAACCACAACAGCGACUGAAGGGGGUAGUAGAGACUCUCCAGAUGAACAAGCUCUCAAAGGAAAACUCAAUGGCAGGUUUGAAGAUGAGGCAACUGUAAUGGAGGAAGCGUCUGAUGGAGCAGAUUAUGAAGAGAAGGGGGAAACAGAGGAGGUUUAUGAACAACAGAGUGUGAAGUCAAUUAAAGAUGAGCCCAGUGAAGAUGAACAUGUAAAGAGACAUGAUACACCCAUAAUAGGAGAUAGCAUUAAGGACCAGGCUGAUGUUGAAGAUCAGCUUGUAGGAGAACACAGAAAAGAAAAGGAGGAACUGACUGUUUCAGCCUCACUCAAGGAAUCAUCGCCUGUGUCCCCUGCCGCGUCGAUCCAUGAUGAAAUGCUUCCAGCUGGUGCUGAGAGCUCUACUACGUCGGAUGAUGAAAACAGAGAGGAACCACCUGAAGAGUUUACGGUCACUUCUGGCCUCACUCAUUCCACUAUUGAGAUCUCCAGUGUGCCUACUGCAAUCGAUGAGAUGUUGACUCCGAGGGAUGGCUUGAGCGAUGAAACAGCUAACGAAGAGACUGACUCCCCUUCGCCUGAUGUUGGCAGAUUGGGGAUGUCACAAUCUGGGGAGUUUGAUAAGAACAAAUCCCCUUUAUUUCAGAGUAAACCAUGUUCAGACUACUCCAAAAGUGACGCCACGGAGGGUCACGACUAUAACCACACUGCCACGACAAUCUCCCCCCCUUCAUUAUUCGAAGAAGACAAACUCUGUAGAGAGUUUUCUUCUGAUGGUAAAGUUGAGGAUUUUAACACACUUGAAGAAACAUGUGAGAAGCAAGACACAGCGAGACUCUCAUCAACAUCACCUCUUGUGCAUUCUCCCCCAGGUGACCAAAAAUACAAUUUUGAUUCCCCAUCAAUGUUUGCUCCACCUAUAGAACUCUCCACUACCUUAACAGGGUCGCCUAGAGUGAUGAGCGAGUCCACCCUUAGCCCAGAGGACAAAACACUGGAAGGGGCUAACUCCCCCCAGUCCUCCGGCCAUACACCCUAUUACCAGUCCCCAGUAGACGAAAAAGCAGGAGCUCUGCCACCCAUGUCACAAAACGAAGAACGGGGUCCAACUAUUGUGGAGGUCACGAGUGAUAAAGAUGACUCCAAUAGGGCUACACCAGAACUUGAUGAUAAACAGUCAGAGUGUUUCUCCCCCACAGAUAAGAGUGUAUCAUCUCCAAAAAGCACACCUUCAGCUGAACUUGACUCCCCAACAAAGAAGGAACUGGAUGAGAUGAACAACCAUCAAGUCUUUUCCUCAAUGCCAAGACAGGUUUUAGAGGCUACUUCGUUCCCAGCUUUAAAGGAAGAAACUAAAAUGUCCAUUUCAGAAGGUACAGCAUCUGAAAAGUCAGACACACCCAUGGAGGAAGUGGUAGCAGAAGAUAUGUUUUCUCAUCUAGCCUCAGCCUCUACUGCCUCCCUAGCCACCAGCUCUUUGCCAGAGCCAACCACUGAUUCCCGCUCCCUUCACGCGGAAGUUGGCUCUCCCCACUCGACCGAAGUAGAUGAUUCUUUGUCUGUUUCUGUCGGCCAGACCCCAACAACUUUUCAUGAGGCUGAGGCAUCUCCAUUCAAGGAAGACUGCCCCCGGCCAAUGUCCAUCUCACCAGACAUCUCACCAAAGAAUAAAGUCAGAGCACAGAUGCAGGACACAAAGUCACCAGAACAUUCUACCAUGUCAAUGGAGUUUGGCCAGGAGUCUCCUGACCACUCAUUAGCCCUUGAUUUUAGUAAACAAUCUCCAGAGCACCAAUCUGCAGGAAGCAACUUGCGUGCUACAGAGAAUGGCCCAACUGAGAUAAAUGACAGUCCUUCAGAUGUCAAAGUAUCUGAAGAACAACCCUCUACCAUUGAGGAACCUUUGCUGUUUGAAGAGACCGAUUCAGGUCGUGCUGCUUCUGCAACCCCAUCAGAUGCCUCCCAAUCCACUCCCUCUGUCACAACCCCGUGCCAAAUGACUGAGAUGCCCCCCAUGGUUGAGCAGGCAGGUGGAUCUCCCGUCACUCCAAAGGCAGCCUCUCUCACCCAUUCUUCUCAUUCCAGUGAGGGUUCCCCAGUUUCAGGAGGUCCCAUUGAAAGAGACAUCAGCCCACUUUCACUGUCCGUGGAGCACUUUGCAUACAAGUGUAACACACAAGAGACACAGGACAAGCCACCUUCUGAAACAACUUCCCCAUCAACUUUAUGGUUUUCAGAUGAAGGGAAACUUUUUCCAGAAAAGGAGACCAACCCCUUUAAAUGU